UAAAUUCCUUAACACCUUUCAAACCAGACGUGGUGAGCCAACUGAAGCUUUUCCCAAACGUGACGAUGAUCGACGCGACGUGGGAGCUGCAGGAGCCAACUGGUGAAGUUUUUAGGUACCGGGUAUCAUGGAUACCUAAUGGAAGUAGCUUCAGUGCUGCAUGGUGUUACGUUAACUCGUCCGCUACCAGCACCUCGGCCUGUGAUGUAUACCCGACCUUAGAUAGUUGCACUCUCUACAACGUCACGGUGCAGCCCAGGACAUUUGGUAGGAGCGCUCAGAUCAACACUGGCACCCCAGCGUCCGCAGCAACCUACACCCUGCUGGAUGUACCGCCAGCGGGAUCACCCCCUGAAGUAUCGUCCGUGGCAAGUCGUAGCGUCACCCUGACGUGGAUUAAACCUGCCACUAAAUGCGAGGUCGUCAACUACACCGUUGUGUACGGCGGUCAGAUCAUGUGGGGAAACCACGCAACCUUGGAGGUUAAUUCUGCAUAUUCCGAGACUACGACGAUAAAUAUCGCUGGUUUGACGCCGUACAGCAACUACUCCUUCUCUGUUGUGGCGGCGACUGCAGCUGGGAAGGGGGAGCCUUCACUGCCAACCUAUUGUGUAACGCUGGAAGAUGAGCCAAACAUCGGGUUGAUCGUGGGCAUGCUAUGUGCCGAGAAGAUUGAAGCCGAACUGAUAUGUUGGAUCAGGAUUAUCAAUAUACGAAGAUGA